UGGGUGUCUCUCUGAGAAGUAGAAUAAGAGAACGAAAGAGAGAACGAAAGGUGUUUCCCUGGGCUAUGGAAACUCUAUAAAGACGGAGCCGGCUUCCCCUCCCUUGGGCAGUCAGCAGCAGAGGUCCCUUCCUUGAUCCCCGGCACUCCCCAGGAUCGAGAAGGAACACUUUUGCCGGAGGCAGCCCGAGGCACCGGCUGCCAUGCAGCAGCCCUUGAACUACCCAUACCCCCAGAUCUACUGGGUGGACAGCAGUGCCAGCUCUCCCUGGGCCCCUCCAGGGUCAGUCCUCCCAUGUCCGUCCUCGGUGCCUAGAAGGCCUGGUCAAAGGAGGCCACCACCACCACCGCCGCCGCCACCGCCGCCCCCAUUGCCGUUGCCACCACUGCCAUUGCCACCUCUGAAGAAGCAAAGGGGCCACAGCACAGGCCUGUGUCUCCUUCUGAUGUUUUUCAUGGUGCUGGUGGCCCUGGUUGGAUUGGGGCUGGGGAUGUUUCAGCUGUUCCACCUACAGAAGGAGCUGGCUGAGCUCAGAGAGUCCACCAGCCAAAGACAUAUAGCAUCAUCUCUGGAGAAGCAUAUAGGUCACCCCAGUCCAUCCCCUGAAAAAAAGGAGCUGAGGAAAUUGGCCCACUUAACAGGGAAGCCCAACUCAAGAGCCAUCCCUCUGGAAUGGGAAGACACCUAUGGCAUUGCCCUGGUCUCCGGCGUGAAGUAUAAGAAGGGCGGCCUUGUGAUCAAUGACACUGGGCCCUACUUCGUGUAUUCCAAAGUGUACUUCCGGGGUCAGUCCUGCAACAACCAGCCCUUGAGCCACAGGGUCUAUGUGAGGAACUCUAAGUAUCCUGAGGACCUGGUGCUCAUGGAGGGGAAGAUGAUGGACUACUGCACUGCUGGCCGGAUGUGGGCCCGCAGCAGCUACCUGGGGGCCGUGUUCAACCUCACCACUGCUGACCAUUUAUAUGUCAAUGUGUCUGCGCUCUCUCUGGUCAAUUUUGAGGAAUCUAAGACAUUUUUUGGCUUAUAUAAGCUCUGAGGAAAGCACUUUGGGGUUGUCUCCAUUAUGUGACAGGCACUGAGAAUGUUGUCUUGGAGGAGGGUCUACUUAGGCCCACCCGAGGUCAAGUGAGAAGAUGUAAGCUCUGAGGACCUUGAGAUUGAGACCUCAGGGUCCGGUAGGCCUGCAGUUCCUCAUCUCACCUAAGGCCCAUGAGCCAGACAGGAUGAGGAGUAUAACUGAUGGACAUAACCCUGUGGGCUGCCAGGUCAAGAUGCAGACUCCGGGAAAAGCAACUGCCGGGAGGUCCUGCAUUCAUCUGCAGAGGCCAAGAGUGUUUGGCACGUUGAAAAGAACACCUCUUUGAACUCACCACCUCUUGGGGUGGGUCUACUGUCUACCUCAGGGGAGGCUGUCUUUCAGAUAUAUGGAUGUGACAUGAGUGUGUAAGGGAUGGCGAACGAGGAAGCUUGCAUGAUAAGCUACAGAGACGAAGUGGCCAGUGUCCCAUUGGCAGCUGCUUUACUUCUAAAUCCAUAGCCUGAACUGCCAGGCGAUGCUACCAGAGAAGCAACGGAGGUCUUUGGGGGACUCAGUCCAUUCCCUAUACAGCAUGUAUAUUUCCAGUGCAAUUGUAGAGGGUGUGUGUGUGUGUGUGUGUGACUAGAAGAGUUACAUUAAGUAGAGAGGAUGCGGAAAUGGUGAAGAACGUGUUAGGAAAAUAUGGGGUGCAUUUGGUGGUAGAUUUUGAAUGGUUCUUGGCAACCAACUCUAACAGUCCUCAGAACUCUUUUGU